ACUCCCCUCCCCCGAGCGGCGGCGGCGGCGGGCGCUGAAUGAGAGACGCCGACUGCUCGGGUCGCCGAGCGCUAGCCUAGGCGGCGGCGGCGAAGCGGGAGGCCGACGUCGCCCCUCCAUCCUCUGAGGCCACUGCCGCGGCGGCACAGGAAUAAUAAUGUAUUUGCGGCCUUGGACGUGAACCAAUCAGUCUUCUGUUGCUGAUAACCUAGCGUCAGAGACUGAUGUUGUGGGAAGCAUGGACCUAAUGAACGGGCAGGCAAGCAAUGUUAAUAUUGCUGCUACUGCGUCUGAGAAAAGUAGCAGUUCUGAAUCAUUAAGUGACAGAGGUUCUGAAUUGAAGAAAAGCUUUGAUGCUGUGGUAUUUGAUGUUCUUAAGGUUACACCGGAAGAAUAUGCGGGUCAGAUAACGCUAAUGGAUGUUCCAGUAUUUAAAGCCAUUCAACCGGAUGAGCUUUCAAGUUGUGGAUGGAAUAAAAAAGAGAAAUAUAGUUCUUCCCCAAAUGCAGUUGCCUUCACAAGAAGAUUUAAUCAUGUAAGCUUUUGGGUUGUUAGAGAGAUUCUUCAUGCUCAAACAUUAAAAAUUAGAGCAGAAGUUUUGAGCCACUAUAUUAAAACUGCUAAGAAACUGUAUGAGCUGAAUAACCUUCAUGCGCUUAUGGCAGUGGUUUCUGGCUUACAGAGUGCCCCAAUUUUCAGGUUGACUAAAACAUGGGCGUUAUUAAGUCGAAAAGACAAAACUACCUUUGAAAAAUUAGAAUAUGUAAUGAGUAAAGAAGAUAACUACAAAAGACUCAGAGACUAUAUAAGUAGCUUAAAGAUGACACCUUGCAUUCCCUAUUUAGGUAUCUAUUUGUCAGAUUUAACAUACAUUGAUUCAGCAUACCCAUCAACUGGCAGCAUUCUAGAAAAUGAGCAAAGAUCAAAUUUGAUGAAUAACAUCCUUCGGAUAAUUUCUGAUUUACAGCAGUCCUGUGAAUAUGAUAUUCCCAUGUUGCCUCAUGUCCAAAAAUAUCUGAACUCCGUUCAAUAUAUAGAAGAACUACAAAAGUUUGUAGAAGAUGAUAAUUACAAGCUUUCCUUAAAGAUAGAACCAGGGACGAGCACCCCACGCUCGGCCGCCUCCAGGGAGGAUCUAGCAGGUCCUGAAGUAGGAGCAUCUCCGCAAAGUGGAAGAAAAAGUUUGGCAGCUGAAGGAGCUUUACUACCACAGACACCGCCGUCCCCUCGGAACCUGAUUCCACAUGGACAUAGGAAGUGCCAUAGCUUGGGUUAUAAUUUCAUUCAUAAAAUGAACACAGCAGAGUUUAAGAGUGCAACGUUCCCAAACGCAGGACCAAGACAUCUAUUAGAUGAUAGCGUCAUGGAGCCCCAUGCACCAUCUCGAGGCCAAGCCGAAAGUUCUACUCUUUCUAGUGGAAUAUCAAUAGGUAGCAGUGAUGGUUCUGAACUAAGUGAAGAGACCUCGUGGCCUGCUUUUGAAAGGAACAGAUUAUACCAUUCUCUCGGCCCGGUGACACGAAUGGCACGAAAUGGCUAUCGAAGCCACAUGAAGGCCAGCAGUUCUGCAGAAUCAGAAGAUUUGGCAGUACAUUUAUAUCCAGGAGCUGUUACCAUUCAGGGUGUUCUCAGGAGAAAAACUUUGUUAAAAGAAGGCAAAAAGCCUACAGUAGCAUCUUGGACAAAAUAUUGGGCAGCUUUGUGUGGCACACAACUUUUUUACUAUGCUGCCAAAUCUCUAAAGGCCACAGAAAGGAAACAUUUCAAAUCAACAUCAAAUAAGAACGUCUCUGUGGUAGGAUGGAUGGUGAUGAUGGCUGAUGACCCAGAACAUCCAGAUCUCUUCUUGCUGACUGACUCUGAGAAAGGAAAUUCAUACAAGUUUCAAGCUGGCAGUAGGAUGAAUGCAAUGCUGUGGUUUAAGCACUUGAGUGCAGCCUGCCAAAGUAACAGACAGCAGGUUCCUACAAACUUGAUGACUUUUGAGUAAGAGCCUAAGAAAGAAGAGGUGAACGGUUGCUCCUCCGUGAGAGUGAGGACUGAUGUGAACCACCCUGUGCCAGGAAGAGCCCGGGGCGGCGCAGCCUUUGGAGUUCUGAACCAAAAAGCACUAAUUUCAGGGAAUGAAGUGAAAGAUUCCCAGAGAACAAAUUGGAGUUGCAAACAAACUGCCAUGGACCCAUGCUUCUUAUCUCUGAACUGACCUGUGGAAACCACUGCCUUAAAAGAGUGAAAGGAAAACCAACACGAAACACCAAAUAGUGUGUGUGAAUCUUCUGGCGGUGCUGUGCUUGGAGUAGACCGUAGCUCAUUUGCAUUUCUUUUAACUUUGUACUGAUUUUGGAGGGGGGAAUCGCCUUUUUUAGAUACACUUUAAAAAGGAAAAACAUAUUUCUUAUGGGUUCCGUCAGGAGCUGGUUUGAACUGAGGCGUAAAGAUGCUCUAACCUAGUGGGAUUCUACCAGCAGCCCCUGGAAGGCUUGUUCAGCCUCCAGUAGUCGCAGCCUCGCUCGCUUCUCCCAGCGCGAGUGUAGGAAUUAGACGUGUUCGUAAUGUGAGUUGUUGGGGUUUGUUUGGGAUUGGGGAGGGGGGUGCGGUUGUUUUGUUUUGGGCGAGGGGAGAUUUUUUUAAACACUAAACUUCUGAAAUUUAGUACUGUAUGGGGAACAUUAUUUCCUGCAGGAGGUAUAAAGGCUGAGUGUUCGUAUGCCAGACGCUUUUUUCAAGUGGGCUUCAGGAAGCAUGGCCGCUGUUGACCAGGUUUGAGGUUGAGCCUCUAUGUGAGUUCAUUGUUGGAGCACAGAGCUGCGUGGUAGGAACUGCAAUCCCGACCUAAACUUUCCUGAGCUUUUACAAUAAGUACAUUUUUCACGUCAAUAGAUUAUCCCUUCUGCUGGUCACAGGUGAUUUUUAUCAUCAAUGUGAUGUAUUAAAAUUUUUUCAGGAUAUUUUCUUUUACAGUGUUUAACGUGCACAUUGCCAGUUAUUUUUUAUUGUUAUUCAUAUUCAUUUUUUUGUUCAAUAUGAGAUUCCAGAUCACAUUUGUUAGAGAUUCCACGUGUAUAUGUAUGUAUGUAUUUUAUUGUAAAGCAUACAAAAUAAUUUUAAAAGGGAAAAAGGUGAAAGAUUGAGAUUCUGGGAAUUUUAGGUAUCAAAACUUUCCUUCUUACACAACUUUCCUUUAUUACAAAACAUCUUUCUGAAAACUUACUGUAGGUCUCUACCACAAAACCAUGUUUUGUCAGUAGUUGACCAAGCAGUUUUGUGAGAGCUCUUCUAUGCAGUAACAGAUAUAACUUCCAAAAUAAAUGUUGAAUUACGAAAAGAAAAAAGUGUUUGAAAGUGAGAUGCCUUAGAAUUUUAGCAAAAAAUGGCACUUGGACAAAGGCUACGUGUUAGGUGUUGUAAACUCAUGAGGCAUCGUAAUUUUAGCAGUGGCCCAGAGUAAGAUGCUUUUUGACUGAUGUCUUCUAAUUCUGUUACUUUAGGCCUCACACAAAAUUUCUCAUAUUUGUAUUCUUAGAGAAUUUUAUACCUUUUUUUCAUCAUAGGUAUUUCACUCUUAAAUCUGUGAAACUUAAAAAGAAAAUAUUGCCCACAGAAUAAUUAGCUAAAAAUCUAUCCAAGGGAAAAUAAAAGAGCUUUUUCUGAGUACUAAGUUUGUAAAUUUAGUUUUCUGUUUGGAAAGGAUAUUAAGAGUUCAGAUAUUUCUCUCAUACAGUAUAGUUAAAAAUACCAUUAUUUCUGGGUUUAUGAAAAGUGACAUGGGCUGGAGAAGGCAAAAUGUUGCCUGUACUGGAUGAUUUUUCAGUUUAUGACCUCCCAAGCUUAACCCACGUUGGGUACAUAGAAAGACACCAUCUGCAUAGCCAGCAGUAUUACUAUGUAGACCUUGCGCAUCUUACUUUUAUUUUGCUUUGUUUAAAAAAUUCCUUAAUUUGUUUAUUUCUCUUCAGAAAUGUAUGUGCUUUUUAAAAAAUAUUGUGGUUGAGAACCCUGUGGAUUUUUUACUGUUGUUAUUUUGUUUGUCAUAAAUAAGCUAAAAUAGAUAUGUUGCAGGUUAACCAUAUCUGUGGAGAUAUGCAACUGGAAGUCAGAGCCUGACAUGACACAGUUUUGCCAAAGAGAGAGCUAAACUGGAAGAUGUGUUUGAUAUUUUCAGCUGUAAAUGUUAAUGGGUGCUUGCACAGAGUGAGAAAUAGUGUUCAGAUUUGGUUAAUAGUUCAUAUGUAUAAUUGUGGCCUCUGACUGAAUGAAACUCUUAACGUCACUGUGCAGUAGACGUCGCCCUUGUUUUUCUGUCUUCAAAUUCGUCCAUUCAAAAUCUUAGUCAUUGCUUUUUAAGAUUAUUUUAGCAUUUGAGGCAAAUGGAAACCAGUGAGAACUAACAUAGUAUAGGUGAGCUUUUUAUCUCUAAUUCACCAAAUUAUAUCUAAUAAUAAUUCAAGCAAAGAAAAUAUGUCACCAAAAUAUAUUAAAUAUUUGGGUAGUUUAUUAGGUAGUGUGAAGAUGAAGUUUUUGUCCUCCUAUUAGGUCUACCCUUAAUAAAUUAGUAAAUUAAUGACUUGAAAUCUGGACAUUUCCAUCAAUAUUAAACUCAUUUGUUUCUCUCAUAGCCAAGAAGAACUAGUUAGAAAUUCCAAUAUAAUUUAAAUUUAAGCUAGUUUGUGAUAGGAUAAGCAUAAUGAUUGGCAUAUGAUACAGCCUGGUAUAGUAGUGUAUAAUACUAACCAAAACACCAUUUGAGGCGCAUACCAUUUUUAACAGUUAUGUUGAACAUGGAAGCUUAUUUUUCACAUGGGGGUAGCAUGACAGCUUUUGAACUAGAACUAUGAAAGUAACUGUGUAACGACCUUCCAGAGCACUGUUUUUGGCUUCGUGCUCCUUCUGUGUUUGGGCGCUGCUUAUUUUCAGAGGUAUUAUUUUUAGUGUAACCUCCAAACUGUAGGAAUUGAAAGAACUGAUCAAACACACUUUCCUAAUCUCUUUUCUUCACUAUGUAAAUAUUAUUUGUGUAAACAUUACAAAAAGGGAUCCAGACAAUUUGAGUAUUUUUUUUUCUCCCUAGGCAUGUGCUUCAAUGACAAAUUUGUUUUCCGUGUGGAAAACGCCAUAUGACUAUUGCACUACCUUCUGUAUGACUGUUUCGGUAUUGGAUCUUUCUGUGUGUCAAGAGUUGGGGUGUCCAUAGCUGCAAAGUUUUUGUAAGUGGCUUUAUUCCUCCUCUAGAAGAUUUAUAAAGGAGCCCAAAGAGCACUAUUGUUGCAGAAGGAAAAAUGUUUACAGUGUCUAGUGUAUACACUCCACACGUUAGUUGAAACCGGGGCCCUCUAAGAGCAGCCUCGCCUUUCGGUCUCUUGGGAUUCCUAGAAUUUACCUGGCCAAAUGACUUGAGCAGAAGUCUUUUUUUUUUUUUUAGGUUAGAUCUGUAAGCUAUAUGCCUUUACUACUGAAAACAAAGCUAUAGGACAUUGUAUUGAUUGGAAAUCAAUAAUAAUGGUAGAUUUAGUCCAUCAACUGUUUAAAAUAAUAUAUCCUCUAUGGAUUUCCUUCCUGUUUUUGAGGCGCAUUCCUUUAUAACCAGUUUUGAAAUCACCAUGUUAUCUUCUGCAAACAAGGGGUACCAGUGUUGCUUAACGGAAGAUGAUCUUUAAUGAAAGGAAUCGUCUGCUUCAAUGGCUUUUGAAAUAAUUGGGUCCCUUUUUGAAAAUGAGCAUGAAUCUCCCUGUCUCUGGUGGAACGGUAGUACUGCUGUUGCACGAGUAGAUGGUAUCAAGCAAGGGUGAGGUUUGUCUGUCUUUUUCAGUGAUCUUGUAGGGUUUGCUUUUAAUUUCUCUCUUCUUUUGUAUUAUUUCUUUCAAACAUAGUAAAUUUAUGAUUUUACAACCAGAAUGGUAUUCUGUUUUUUCUAAGCUUGGAGAUACAAACAUUGUUAUUUAAUCUCAUCGAUGAUAAUAGUUUUCCCUGUGAAGUCAACCUUUCCAAAAUGAUUCAAGUACUUUUUGGUUUCGCCUCCCUAAAAAUGGCUUGUGUCUAAAGUGACCAUUUGUUUCUAUUUAGAGGAUUCCAAUGAAGGAGAUCUGUGCAUGCAAACUCUUAAGCUUUAUUGAAAACAAUUGCAUUACACCGGUGUCUCAAGUUGUAGUGUGAGGGAAAUUUGGUCAGUGCCUUAUCAAUUCGAAGACCAACUUUAGGGCAUCAAGUGUGACAACCGUUUGCCCUCUUUCUCCUCUUAUUUCAGGAGUGUGUGCUCUCCCUCUCGCCACCAGCUUACUCUUUCUCACAGCAACUCCCAGAAAGUCUGUACAGAUACCUCUGGUAAUGGUGCAGCCCUCCUUGGCGCUGAGUCUUUUUAGACAAGUUCCCUCCCUGCUCCUCUCCUCCCAGGGUAGGAAAUUAAAAAUAAACCCAGCCAAAUAAACUCUUAAGAACAGCUUUGAAGAGCAUCCAUCUAGCUGAGUUUAUUUUUAUUUUGUGUUACUGAUGUUGUUUUGAGCAUAGAUUUAAUUAUAAGGGCUUUCAGAAAAAUCCCUGAAAGAGUACAAUAUAGCCAGAAAGAUUUGUUUGGGCUUUAUUAAAACUACUAAAAUCUUGUAGUGAGAGUCCUUUUGUCCAGAACAUUCUUAUAUUUAAAUAAGACUCAGAACAAACAAGCUUAACCUACCAGUUAUUGUUUAUUCGGAAAUAUUAGCGCAGGAAAGUGAAAACAACUCCAACAUAUAAAUUAUGGACAAGUUAAGAGACUAAACAAGCUUCCUCAGUAAAAGCAUAGCUUGGCAAGAUUUUGCUGCUUUGAGAUGAUUGCAAGAUCUGGAACUACUGUUGUUCAACUGAGUCAAGAUACUGUUUUCACGUUUUUUAAAGGGCUAGUGUGUUCCAGAGCAGGCAAGUAGACACAGUCUUUAAAGCCAGAUGAAAAGUUAACUGGUCCUUGAGGGUCAUUAGCAGAAUUUCAGUUUUAAUUCUAGUCAUUUGGAGUACAAAGUGGUGAUGGGGUUAAAGGAAUACAUAAUUAGAGUGCUUUGGGAUUGAACUUUUUUUUAACAGACAAGCAGAAAAUUUCAUAAGUAUUUUAGAUUCCAGGUAACAAGUAUUGAGUUCCCCUGAAGAUAUCACCUAUUAGAACUACUCACAAAUAUAGCCCAGUAAUUAUUGACUCAUUAGGUCUGAUAGAGUAGCUGAUAAUAAGUCACCAGACUCUCAAGAAUUUCUACACCUGGAUUAUUGACAAAUUCAUUGUUUUCCAUUCCAGCCUACUCAAGGUGGGGGAGAGGGGAGGGGGGACAUCCUUCAUGAUGUAAUCUAAAGAAGAUAAACAUCUGUGGGGAUAAAUAUCCAAUGAUGAUAAUGUACAGGGAAACACAAGCCAUGUUUGUUCUCUUUGUCCCGGUUAACUUGAGGCACUCCAGCGAUCGCGGCUCCACUGCACUGUGGCCUCCCUGAGGCAAGUGCAGCUUGGUUCCUCUCUCGCUUUUUGUUUCUGUUUAAAAUGCAAAUGUGAGUGUGAGAUCUUCAGUGUGUUUGCAUACGCUAACUUAAAAUGAACUUAAGUACCGUUUUCUGAAAUAUUUCUAUUGAAAUAAAUUACUUAAAAAUA